AAAAAAAGGGAAACAAGUCCUCUGAAGGGACAAGGGGAAAAAAAAAAGAGGCUUUCGUUGAUCAAGCUCCCAAGCCGUCUGCGCCUCGACUCAGACCUUGCUUAGAUUGUGCCCCAUCCUUUUGGGCAAGCUUUCUCUGCCUCACCACCCUCAGACUUUUAUCUCCCAAUGGCGAGUAAGUAAUAUCUCAAUCUGUUCUGAGGCUUCCCCCCAGUUUCCCUCCCCUAUUCGAUUCAACCUUGUCGUUCCGGCAACUCCUCUGCCCCUCUUCUCCCGGUGCCUAGUACUAAAAUUGCCCGUUGUACUCCGUCAAAAGCCUAAUCAAACUAUGGCCUUCUCCUCUCCCUCUCCUCUUCUCCCUUCUCUCCGUCUCUCUUUCGCACCCUCACUCUGCCCGCCUCCCUGCUCCGCACCGUGCCGUGUUUCCUGUUUCCUGUUUCCUGUUGCGCGCGCGCGUGUGCACCCGUGUUUCGGAUAGAGAGAAAUAUGCGGUACCUGACCUCGCGGAGACCCUAAACCAGCCCGGCCGCGCAGACCCCCCUUGCCUGACCUUUUACCAUAACACAUCAUCAUACCACGUAACCGUAACCGCACCAUAUCCUACUCCUGUCCCCCCCCCCCCCCCCGUCUCCGUAACAAAACAGAGUCGCGCGCAGACUGAGUUGUUGGUUGGCUGACCAUGACGGGCUGACGAUGGAUCGCUCUCUAGCCUUGCCGAGCUUCCAGGAAAGAGUACGCAAGACCAUAACCGGCAUGUCCGGCCACGACCACGAGAACAGGGAGCCGCAUGAGCGCACCGCUCUGCUAGGCAACGGCCGCGUCCCCACGAACGGGUCCGCCGACCGCAUCCACCAACAUUUCCAGCGCGGCGGCGCCUGGCAGUUCUUCUUCAAUUCGCGACAUACCCCCGGCACCGAUCACCCGAAGCCGGUCGUCAAGUAUCCGGCCAAUGUGUGGCAUGUCACCAAAGCGACUCUGCUGAGUAGCCCGGUCAAUAUCCUUCUCUUCGCCGUCCCAAUCGGCAUCGUUGCUGGUCAAGCCCGAUGGGACCCCAUUGCCGUUUUCGUCAUCAACUUUUUCGCCAUCAUCCCCUUGGCGGCCGUGCUCUCCUUCGCGACCGAGGAGAUAUCGGCCAAGCUCGGCGAGGCCCUGGGCGGCCUGCUCAAUGCCACUUUUGGCAAUGCCGUGGAGUUGAUCGUUAGCAUCAUCGCCUUGAGGGACAGGCAGAUCGAGGUGGUGAAGUCGUCGAUGAUUGGCUCGAUCCUCUCGAAUCUGCUCCUGGUCAUGGGCAUGUGUUUCUUCUUCGGCGGCAUCGUCAACAUGCGGGACGAGCUCGGAAACGGCCAGGAGCAAAGCUUCCGGACUAUCACCGCUCAGACGACUUCUUCCCUGAUGGCUCUGUCCGCUGCCUCCAUAGUCCUCCCCGGCACGCUGUUCAUGAUUAUCAACGGCGGUAAAGGUGACGAUGUGGAACGCAACCACAUCGUCCUCUCGCUCUCGCGCGGCACGGCCGUGAUCCUGCUGCUCCUAUACGUGCUGUACCUAUGGUUCCAGCUGCGGACUCACCACAACCUAUUCAGCGGCGAGUGCGUGCUCGAGUCGCAGCCGGAGUCGCAGCCGAUCGCGAACGGGAACGGGAACGGGGUGCUACCGAACGGGACGGCGGAGCACGGGCUGUCGGCGAUCGCCGAGGAUCACCACCGCCACGAGCUGGACGAGGAGCCGCACAUGAGCCCCUGGUCCGCCGGCGCUGUGCUCAUCGUCACGACGGUGCUCGUCUCCAUCUGCGCCGACUACCUGGUCGAGAGCAUCGACGAUCUCGUCGAGCGCGCGCACAUCAGCCGCAGCUUCAUCGGUCUCAUCCUCAUCCCCAUCGUGGGCAACGCCGCCGAGCACGUCACCGCCGUCGUCGUCGCGAUCAAGAACAAGAUGGACCUGGCUAUGGGCGUCGCUAUCGGUUCCAGUAUCCAGAUCGCCCUGUUUGUAACCCCGUUCCUCGUCGUUCUAGGGUGGAUCAUGGACCGGGAGAUGGAUCUGCAUUUCGAGACGUUCGAGACGGUCGCGUUUGCGUUGUCUGUCUUGGUCGUUAUCUACACGGUCCAGGACGGAAACUCGAACUACCUCGAAGGCGCCAUGCUGAUGGCGCUCUACGUCAUAAUCGCGCUCGCGUUCUUCGUCACACCCAGCCAAUACUUCAGUGCCGACUGGGCCGUCGGCCAGAUCGCUAGCAUCUUCCAGUCCGCGUAACGCGCCACUUCUAUAUUCUGCUUCUCUGGGCCGCCGCGGUUCUGCCCUCGAAGGGCGCCUCGGCUCCGCUGACGGCCGUCGAUUGCGAUGGUCUCGUUACGCCCUUAUACUACUUUUCAAUAUCCAUACGUUCAUACCGAGGGGAGCGCGCGCCCCCGUACACGCGCGCGCACGCGCACACACGCACACACAUACACGCAUACAUCUACGAGAGGCACAGAAGCCUGAUACUCCUAACCGACGGCUUCCGCCGAUAUUUCCUUAAUUGUCCAUCGCGAUCAGUGUACAUUAGUAAUCCGGGUCCGAGAGAAAGGGGGUGGGAAAACAAGAAGAGAAAAAUUGGGGCGAAGGGAAGACGGGGAAGAUGGAAAGCAAAGAGGAGAACACCCGACGUAGCUCUUUCGGCGCAAGCUCUUUAUUAUAUCACGGGUGGCCGUCUGCGAUUCUGUUUGUUCGUUUGUCGAUUUCGGUAGCGGGGACUCGGAGAGGAAGACGCGCAGAGAGAGACACGGCUUGCCCACACGCCGCCCGCGCCUCGUUACCCGUGGUAGGGAAAGGAAGGGAAGGUUGGGUAAGUGGGCAGGCAGGUCGGUGUCGUACGCGUCUCUCUCGUCUCGGUUUGAGGUUCCGUUGGGGGGUUGUCAGGG